CCUCGACACUGGGAGGAAUUUGGAGACCUUAUCCUUCUACCCGAAGGAAGCUUCCAGAGCUCGCCCUGGGAUCUCAUCGCCCCCGACGCCUUGUGGUCUGCGGUGGCUCGCGCGCUCUCCGCCAAGCGAGUCGCGGUCAAGGCGGAAGUUGACGAAGGAAGGAUGCGGCAGAGCCACGUGACCCUCAAGUUCCCUCCGGGCGGCGACAGCUGGGUACAAGUCACGCAGAACGGCAUCACCUACUCGCUCGACAUCUGCAGGGUCAUCCGCGGGAACGUCAAUGAGAGGGCGAGGAUGGGAACUAUCGCGGCUGCCGGAGAGACGGUGGUGGACCUGUAUGCCGGCAUCGGCUACUUCACCCUCCCGCUGCUGGUGCAGGCCAAGUGCUCGAAGCUCUUCGCUUGUGAGAUCAACCCGGACUCCGUCGAGGCCCUGCAGAGGAACCUCCUCGCCAAUCGCGUCGCCGAUCGCUGCCACGUGCUCCUCGGCGACAACCGCGAGACAACCUCCCUCCUCGACCGCUCGGCUCACCGCGUCCUCCUCGGCCUCCUCCCCUCCAGCGAGCAGGGCUGGCCCGUCGCGGUUCGCUGCCUCCGCGACGAUGGCGGUUGGCUGCACGUGCAUGAGAACGUGGCGGAGGCCGACGAAGCCACGUGGCUGCGGCAGCUGGAGGAGGAGCUGGAGAAGAUCGCGCGACGUCAGGGGAGAGGAGAGUGGCGAGCGAGAGUCGAGCACGUGGAGCACGUGAAGACCUACGCGCCGCGGGUGUGGCAUCUGGUCGCUGACGUGGAGAUGCGCCCGAGGGAGGAGGGAAGCUGA